AUGAACUCAAGAAAAUUACCAUAUUGUCCUGCACCUUCAAGUGUUAAUAAUCUUAACAAUCCAUAUUCACCAUAUUCUAGUUCAUAUCCUCCAAAUAAAAAUCAAACAAUUUCAUCUUCUAUACCUUCAACUUUGUCAAAUGAAAUAAAUAAAAUAAAUAUUCACUCUGAAUCACGUGGUAGUUUUAGUACUCCACAAUCAAUUUCAAUGCAAAAGUUAUAUACAAAAACUCCAUAUUAUAAUACUAAUACAAAUAGUUCAUUAAAAAAGAAUUUAACUUCACAACAAUCAAGAAGUCCAAUAAAAAUAAGAGAUGAUAGAGAAGAACAAGACAGACAAAGAGAAGAAAUUUAUAAACAAUUACCAACUGAACAAAAAAUAUUAUCAGAAAAAAAACAAAAUCAACGAUGUGAAAUAUGUCAACAAUUUGGAAAAAUGACACAUGUUUUUCAUUCAAUUAUACCAAAUCCAGAAGAUUUUUGGAGAAUAUUAAUUGAUAAUGGAGAUAAUAUUGCUGAACAUGAAUUAACAGUACAAUUUAUAUUACGAACAAAUAUUAGUAUAAGUUCAUUUGUUAUUUCAGAUGAUAAAACAAAAAAAAUAGAAAUUAAAAAUGAAAAAGAAAGAACGAUAUUAAAAAAAAUAUGUGAUCCAUACGCUAUUAACAUUAAUGAAUUAAAAAAUAAUAUCGCUACUAUUGAAAAAACUAUAUUCGUUAAAAAAAUUAUUCAAAUAAAUAUUAAAACUAUUAGAGAAAUAUUAGAAGAAUCAAUGAAAAUAAAUAAUAUUAAUAAACAAAGACAUUCAGUUGUUAUUAUUGAUGAUGAUGAUUUAAUUGAAGAAACAGAAAAAAUAAAACAAAUAGAAACACAAGAAAUAGUAAUGUUUAUAUUAGAAUUAUUUAAUGAAUUAUCUAUUGAUUCAUUUAAUUCAUUUUUAAUUAAUAUGGAAGAAAUUGAAGAUAGAAUUUGUAAAAAAUAUCAUGUUAAUUCAUUUAAUCAAAUUAAUAAAGAAGAAUUUACUUCAUUUUGUGGAAAAAAUAUAAUAUUUCCAUUUAAUCAAAAUUAUAAAAAAAAAGUAAUUCCAAUGAAAAUUCUUACAAGAGAAGUUCCAAUAAAAGAAGAACCAUUAAGUAUUGUUAUUAAUGAAAUUAAUAAAGCACCAUAUUUAAUAAAUUUAUAUGAUAAUUUAUUAUUACAUUCUAUUGAUUUAGAAAUGAUUAUUUCAACAUAUAAUUUUAAUUCAAAUAUUUUUAUUGAAAUUAAUAAAAAUAAUUUAAUUAAAUUACCAAAUUGUAAUUCUAUUAAUGUUGAAACUAUUACAAAUAAAAAUAUUAAGAAUAUUAAUAUUAUUACUGGUAUUUUUAUUUCUCAUUUAUUUGAUGAAAAUGGUCCUAAAGAAGGUGCUUCUAAAUAUUUUCCAAUUUUAAUGAAAAGUUUUGAUUUAAAUGGUAUUUCAAUUAAAACAAAAAUUAGUAGAGCAUUAUUUGUUGCAUCUCUUUUAAAUGAAUUACCAAUAGAAUUUAUUGGAUUAUAUUUAUUAGUUAAAACAAUUCUUAAUAUAUUUAAUUUAACUUUAAAUGAACUUAUAUCAUUAUCAUUAAAUAAUAUUUGUUUCUUAAAACUACCUAUUUUAAAUGAAAUAAAACGAUGUUUUCCAAAUGAAUUAUUAACUAUGAAUACAAUGAAUAUUGAAACAUUUCCAUAUCAAAUUAAUAAUUCAAUUGAAUAUAAUACUAAUAGAUUUGAAUUUCCACUUCCAAUUGAAAUUAUUAUUGAUUGUUAUACAACUAAUACUAAUGAAGAAAUUAAAAUUAUUGAUUUUCAAAAUACUCUUUUAUUAAAUAAACUUCAAAAUGAAAUUAAAAAUAAUAAUAUUGAUUAUCUCAUGGCUUUCUUAAUGUAUUUAAAUCAAAAUCAAAAAGAAAUUAUUCAUACUUUUCAUACAUUACAAGUUACUUCUUCUUCUAUUAUUCAAACUAAAAAUUAUUCUUCUUUUUAUACUUCUCUUAAAAAUUUAAAAUGGAUUUUUUCUUCUUUAAAUUCAUUUGAAACACCAUUUUCAAUUAUUAAUUCAAAACCAAUUAAUUUUUUAAAUAUUCCAUGUACACCAUUUUUAAUUUCAGAACCAUUAAAUUCUUAUAUUGCAACUAAACCAUUUCCAUUACCUGAAAAUAUAUUAAGUUGUUUAUAUCAAAAUAUUAAAGGAUAUGACCAAAAUUAUUUUGAUUUUUUAUCUGUAAUUUCACAACUAAAUAUUAAUUUAUUUAAUGAAUAUAUUAAAAAGUCUAUUAUUUAUUCUAAAAUUACUAAUAACAUUACUCAAACUUAUAUUAAUAAAGAUCAAGUAUGGUUUAAACCAAAUGAAGUGUUUAUUAAAGAUAAAUCUGGAUUUUAUCCUAUUCUCUCUGUUAAUAAUAAAUUUUAUGAUUUAUUUAAAUCUAUUGGUGUGAAAUAUAAACCUUCCAUUACUGAUUAUAUUGAUGCUUUAAUUCAUUUAAAUCAAUUACAAAAUCAAAUUUCAUUGAAUAAAAAAUUACUAACAAUUAAAAAUAUUUUAAAAGAAUUAAUUAAACAAAGUGAUAAGAUUAAUGUUACUUUACCAAUGAUUGAAAGAAUUAAAUCAUUAGAUACUUUUAUUAAUCAAAAUGAAAAAUUAGUGUCUUCAUUAACUGGAUUAUAUUAUGAUGAUUUAUUAUUUAUUAAAGAUUAUUUCCCUUCUUCUGUUAAAGAUCAUUUAUUAGACUUAAAUCUUCCUUAUAAAUUAAUUAAAAACAAAAUAUUUUUAUUAUUAAAUAUUAAAAAUGCUCAAAGUGUAAUUAAAAUUAAUUUUGAUACUUCAAUUUCUUCUUCAAAUACUCUUACUUCUAUCUUAAGAAAAGUUUUAAAUAAAGUUCUUCCUUUAGUUAAAUCAAGUCAACUUAUUGAAAAUUAUAAAUUAUAUUUAUCUUCUCUUGUUGUUUAUUCUCAUGGUACUUUAAAUCCUACUUUUACAUUUAUUCCUACAAAUUCAAGUAUUACUCCAAAAAUAACUGCUGUAAGGGAUGGAAUUAAUUUACACGUCUUAGAUAGAACUUCUAUUUGUUCUUAUGAAGCUCUUACUAUUUUAUCUCAUUUGUUUUUCCUUCAAAAAGAUGAAUCUUUUAUUACUUUAAUGCUGAAAGAACUUAGUAACGCUUAUCCUAUUCAAAUUGAAUCUUCUUCUUUAUCUGAAACUGAUCAUAUUAAAACCAAUACUAUUAAUUGGAAUGUUAUUAAAGAUGGAAUUAAACAAUCUAAUUCAAUUCUUAAUGAUGAAGAAAUUGAAAUUAAAGUUGAACCUUUUCAAUUCAUUCCAAAUAUUGAAAAAAGAAUUCAAACAGGUGUUGCUGGUGAACAAUUCAUUUGUCAAUAUUUAAAAAGAAAAUUUGGAAAUAAAGUUAGUUGGAUUAAUGAAAAAACUCCUUCUGUUGAGUCUAUUGAGAAAGGUUUACCUUAUGACCUUUUACUAUUUAAUGACUUAAAUACUGUAGAAACUUAUAUAGAAGUUAAAACAACUCAAUAUAAUGAUAAAGAUUUCUUUGAAUUAUCUUAUCGUGAAUGGUCUUUUGCUCAAGAACAACGUUCUCAUUUUCAUAUUUAUAGAUUAUCUGGAUUUGGAACUGAUACUUUAAAAAUUAAAAUUAUUGUAGAUCCUUAUGGUAAGUGGUUAAAAGGAGAAGUUCAUCUUAAAUUUUACUUCUAA